CGCCACACAAACGACAUCGCAAUGUCCAUCUCUGACCGCCUUCCCGAUUACCCGGUCAGCUCGGAUUUGGUGAGGAGAUUAAAGUCGGCCCUGGACGCCGAGGACGAGGAGCGGGUGAGCGACUUGAUCCGCUCCGAGGUUCGGCACGUGGACGCUGUGAUCGAGCUGGCCAACGACGACUGGAUGAAGGACCCCGCGGCUCGGCUGCCCCCCGCAGUGCUCCUAGCCUUGGUCACGGGAGACCUGGGCCGUCUCAAGCCCCUCAUGGACCAGUUCUUCCAGGACGCCAACGUGGUGUUUGAGAUCAAGAAGGAUGAGAUGGAGUGGCAUGCGAAAUCCGCAGGCACGUUUGGACUGUCAGGCCUCUGGACCCUGGAGUACAAGCGCGAGCUCACCACCCCGCUGUGCAUCGCCGCGGCCCGCGGCCACACGGCCUGCGUGCGCCACCUUCUCGACCGCGGCGCGGACCCCGACGCCAGCCCCGGCGGCCGCGGCGCCCUGCACGAGGCCUGCCUGGGGGGCCACACAGCCUGCGCCCGGCUGCUGCUGCAGCACCGCGCCGACCCCGACCUGCUCAGCGCCGAGGGCCUGGCGCCCCUGCACUUCUGCCGCACGGCCGCCUCGCUCGGGUGCGCGCAGGCGCUGCUGGAGCACGGCGCCUCAGUGCAGCGCGCGGGCGGCGCGGCCCGGGACACGCCCCUGCACGUGGCGGCGCAGCGCGGCCUGGACGAGCACGCGCGCCUCUACGUGGGCCGCGGGGCGCGCGUGGACGCGAGGAACGGCCGCGGCGAGACGGCGCUGAGCGCGGCGUGCGGCCCGGCGCGGCCGCCCGAGGAGCAGGCGCGCUGUCUGCGCCUGUGCGCGCUGCUGCUGCGGGCCGGCGCGGCGGCGGACGCGCGCGACGAGGACGAGCGCAGCCCGCUGCACAAGGCCUGCGGCCGCGCGCACCACGGCCUGGCGCGCCUCCUGCUGCGGCACGGCGCCGACGCGGGCGCGCUCGACUACGGGGGCGCGUCGCCGCUGGCCCGCGCGCUGCAGACGGCCGCCUGCGCGCCCGAGGCCGCGCCCCAGCGCACCGUGCAGGCGCUGCUCAACCACGGCUCCCCCACCGUGUGGCCCGACGCCUUCCCCAAGGUGCUGAAGACCUGCGCGGCAGCCCCCGCGGUCAUCGAAGUCCUUUUCAACUCCUACGCUCAGCUCCGCGUGUCGGAGUCCUGGAAGGAGCUGAUUCCUGAAGAUGUGUUGCAGAGGCACCAGCCCUUCUACCGGUCCCUCUUCGCCUUGGCCCACGCCCCGCGCUGCCUGCAGCAUCUCUGCCGCUGUGCCGUCCGGAAAACGUUCGGCCGAAAGUGCUUUGACCUCGUGCCCCUGCUGUCCUUGCCCAAGUCUCUGCAAAAUUACCUCCUUCUGGAGCCAGAGGGUGUUUUGUACUGAAACUCAGGGCACUUGGACCAAGAUGCUUGUGCUCGUCCGUGGAGGCUGGGUGGCGGGUGGGGAGGGGCCCAGAUGGGACUGCCCACCCCAGCCUGCAGCCCAGGGCACAGGCUCCUCGCCCAGCGUCAGGCUCCCCUGGGAACCGGGUGGGUGAUGAACGCCCUCUCCGCCUCUCAGGGCUGCUUGUGGGGACUGAAACUGAAGACCAUGGGACUCGUAUCAGGAGGUGCUUUCAACAGAAGUUGAACUAGAAGGUACACCUGUUUUUCUGAGGCCUGUCUCCGGCCCACAGCGGAUUCGCAGCAUUCAUGCACCCUGCUUCAGACCCUCUGCCUCAUGGGAACCAUCCCACCCCGCCUAGAGCCCAGCCCCCCAGGAAGACUCUGUCCCCAAAACAUGACAGACAUACAUACGGAGAGAGGACGCCCGCUCCCGUAACGGGAGCCCCUUCCCCGGAGCCCACUGCCGCUCCCCAGCCCACUGCAGCCGGAGCGCCCUCGGAGGACCUUGGAGGGGCGGUGAGCCGGACGUGCUGAUCCCACGUGCGUCUUCUGUUCCACGUCCUCCCCAGCCACGCGGUCCAGCCGUGAGGAACAGCCCAGGGAGCCAGACGCUAGGAACGCACAUAGGGUGACAGCUGAGCCCAAGCGUUCACAGAGGAGGUGGUUCUGACAGCCUCGGGCUGUGCUGACCAUGACCUUUCUUUUCUGUGUUUGGGUGUUUUGACAUCUGAGGCCUUUCAGACCCUGGAGGGAUGGCCCCUCCCAAGAUGAACCAAUUCCUAGAGACAGGAAUCAACUUGCCCCCAAAUACUCCUGAACCAGUCCCGAGCUCACACCCCAGCACCUCCCUGGAGCUCCAGCCACAUCCCCAGGGGCCAGUGCCAGACGCCCGGAGCCGGCUGGGCCAGGCCUAAGCCCGCAGGCGCUGCCUCGCCCAUUCCUUCCAUGGAAGCCACAGCUGAGGCUCCUGCCCCCAGCCGCUCCCCCUCCCCUGGACUAGCCCUGGUGCUGCCCCAGGUGGCGUGCCCCUUUGCUGGGGAUGGUGGGUAAUAAACUCUCUCUUCAUUGGUGACUGUCUCCUACUCUGUUGGCCUUUCUAGAUCUCAAAUUUUCGGUUGAAUGCUGCUUUUAAAACAAGGACUCUUA